UCAGUUAUGUGGGUUCUCUGAAGCUUGACUGUGUCUCUUAAUUUCGGAUGAAGGGAAUGAGAGGGGGAGAGGAGAUUUUAAUCACUCCUGUCGCUUUAAGGACACUUAUCAAAGCCUUAUUAUGCGAAUAGAAAAUACCAUGAGCCGCUGAGCAACUGAGCAGCCAGGGAACGGACUGGAGUGGAUUUAUAGGAAACUCAACAUUAUCUGAGCUGGAAUAGACCGCUUCAUUGCCUCAUGGAGUUUGAUUAUACACUGGAUGGUUGUCUUAUUCGGACGGUCCGGAUCAUUUAGGAAAUAUUGCGCAUAAGUAGCUCUCAGACUUGGGAUCCUUUGCCCCUGAAGCGCAGAGAGGAAUAUGGCUUAAAACUCAACGCGUACGGAAUUAUUCACUCACCCGACAGCCACAAUCGAUACCUACUUGUUCGCCAGGCGUUUUGUUCCGGACGGAUAGUAUCCCGAGCUCUUUAUUUGACAGCCUUGGAUCAUGGAUUGGGGUGGUGGAAAACAACAACGGGCAGCGACAUGAUUUCUCUGCGCUGUCUGCGGUAUGCAGCGAGAUUAGGCUUUAACAUCGCUUGUUAUUAUUCCGAUGCAACAAAAGUUACAAAGCGAGUGCAAUACGUGGAUUUUAACUAUUUCACCGUUUUGCACCUGCUUUAACGGAUACCGCGUCGACAUAGUGCAGAUUCGUGACAAAAUAACGUGUGGAUCCGCGUCGCUUUGCUCUCUCUCUUUCGCCUGUGUGGGAUACUUGAACAUUUGCUUAUCGUAAUGGAGAUUGGGGAGGUUUAUACUCAAGGUCAUUGAGUGUUAUAAGGCUAUAUUUGCGUUGUUAUUUACACACACACAGCGCUAUCUUCACGUUAUAACGCAGCCCACAUUUGUCAGUCCAGUGUGUGUUAUUUGUUAUUACACGGUGCAACGGGCGUUUAGGCGAGCACCUACUGUGGAGUUAUAUUUAUUAUUUCUUUUUGACACCGCAAGCUUUCUCUAACAACAUGGAUGGGAAAUUGAAGCAGGGUCGGAGAUGUCGGUCCAAGCGGGAGAGGGUGCGGAGGUUGCGGGAGGCAGGGAGCAGAGACGCCCGCAGCCCCGACCCCAACUCCUCCUGCUCCGACAGGGAGGGACACAGUCCGGGGAGGGACGCCGCCUCCCUGCCCGGUAAAAAGGUGCCGCACCCCGCAGCCGCCGCCAGAGCUCCGCGUCCCCCCCGGCGAAAGAGACGGGAGUCCAGCUCGCAGGAGGAGGAUAUCAUUGAUGGAUUUGCUAUAGCCAGUUUCAUCAGCCUGGACCGUCUGGAGAAGAAGACUGGAGUUGUGAAGAUACAGGAGAAGAAGGAGCGGUGGAAGGAGAAAAAGGUGGCAAAGCGGCAGAAGAAGGAGGACGAGGAGGUGGAAGAAGAAGAGGAGAAUGUCCAGCCUGUGGUUGAUCCCCUAGAGAACGGCUUCCUCCAUCACGCCCAGCGAGAGCAGGAGAGGAUGAAUGAGAGGCUGCUGAAGAAGACUUACUCCAAGAAGAACAAAAUGAUCAAACCUUUGGCGCUACGUCCGGUCAAAGUCAGCGAGGACGAGACGGUGCAGGAGCUCAGCAGACCGCACAGGAGCAACUCUAAGGAGCAGCUCAGUGAGAGUUCCACUCACUCGCUGUCAGGCCGCGGCUACUCGGUGCAGCCAGCAGCAGUGGCCCUCCUCAAGUGUGACAGCGAGAGUGACAUUGACGACAAGGUGUCUGAUGUAGGAUCAGAGAAGCUCUUUUCCCCUACCACACCCAAAGGUGUGCCAACGAAUGAGAGUCCUGAGUCCAAGACUUGUAGCUCAGCCAAAGUAUCAGGGCUCCAGCGCAGCCAGGAGCAAAGCAACAGUGAGGUGCCGUUUGCGCCUCCCGUGCCCAGCCCCACCCCGGCUUCGGCGCCCACAGGCUCCCCUGCCCCCGCUGCAGCGGCGGCCCCUCCAGAGCCUCCUAAGUCACGCCUCCCCACCCCACCUCCUCUCAGUGUCAAGAAGGAGCAGCAGCCUCCACCCCCUGUCCCUACCCCUCCCCUACUGAGGGCACCACCCCAUCCCCAUCCCCAGCCCCACCCUCCUCACCCACACCCGCACCCGCACCAGGAGCCCCGUGUUCUUCCGCCCCCACAGCACCACGCACGGCCAGUAAUCAGCCACCAGGUUCAUCACCCACUGCAGUACAACAGCCUCCACGACAUCAGCCACAGCAGCAGUCCAGUGGGUCUUCCCAAACAACACUUGCCCCCAUCCCCUCACCAUCACCUCAGCGGGCUCCCAUCCUCGGCCCCGGCCUUGCCUCUGUCUAUAGCCAAUCUCUCUACCUCGCAUUAUUCCUCCCUACGGAGCCCGGCUCAUCGCCAUCCGGCCAUGUUUGCAACCCCAGCCACACUGCCUCCACCACCGACCUUACCAACCAACAGUUUAGUGGUGCCUGGGCACCCAGCCGGCACCCCCUAUCCAGAGCAUGACCUCCUGAGGCAGGAGCUGAACAACCGCUUCCUGGUUCAGAGUUCAGAGCGGGGCCGGGGGCCGUCCGCCUCACCGCUGGCCCCCGUGUCGCUCCUGAGGGCUGAGUUUCACCAACACCAGCACAUGCACCAGCACCAACACACCCACCAGCACACCUUCACGCCCUUCCCCGCCAGUCUGCCCCCGGCCGCCAUCCUCACCCCGCCCACCGCACCCCCCAUGGUGCGUACCCAAGCCAGAAAUUUCGACAAAUACACCCCCAAACUGGACAAUCCAUUCAUCAGACAUUCAAAUUUCUUCCCCUCCUAUCCCCCCACCAUGCCAGGCAUGCCCCCGCUGCUCCCACACUCAGGACCCUUCAGCUCGCUGCAAGGAGCCUUCCAGCCCAAGGCAUCUAAUCCCAUUGACGUAGCAGCACGUCCUGGAGCAGUACCUCACACACUCCUACAGAAGGAUCCACGGAUAACAGAUCCAUUCAGGACAUCUGUUAGGAAACCUGGCAAGUGGUGUGCAGUGCAUGUCCAGAUCGCAUGGCAGAUCUACCACCACCAGCAGAAAAUGAAGCAAAUGCAGCUGGAUCCUCACAAACUAGACAUGAAUGGAAAGCUGGACCUGUUCAGUCGACCCCCAGCUCCAGGAGUCUUCCCAGGGUUCCCGUACCCUCAUGACCUGGCACGACCUCUUUUCUCUUCCACAGGCUCCAGCCACCCAGCUCCCUCCCCCUACGGCCCUGCCCCACACCCCAGCGGCUUCCUGCCUCCUAGCCAUUUGGCAGGUAAGUAUCCUUUCAGUCGCUCCAGUUCCUUUGGCGGCCUCGGCAACCUUUCAAGCAGUGCCUUCGGAGGAUUAGGCAACCCCUCGCUUGGGUCCAACAGUGUGUUUGGCACCAAGGAGGGGCCAGGAGGACUGCCCACGUUUGGCAGCCCCCACCACGACACCUGGAACAGACUUCGACGCACCCCGCCAUCUUUCCCCACCCCGCCACAGUGGCCCAAAACCGCAGACACUGAGAGGAGCAGCUCAGCCAACAGCCAUGAGAGAGAGCGAGAGAGGGAACGGGAAAGAGAGAGAGAAAGGGAGAGGGAAAGAGAGAAAAGAGACUCAUCCAUCGGGAAGGAGGAGAAGGAUAAAGAUAGGGAUUCUGUGGAUCGCAACCGACACUCCAACCGUUCAUCUCCAGCCUCUGCACCAGUCAGCUACCAGAUCAGUAGCUUGAUUCGCUCCAACAGCCAGAACUCCAGUGAUUCGGGUCGGCAUCACAGUGGCAGCGUAGACCGGGUUCGUGAGGCGGAGAAGGAGCUGUUGGAGCGCCACAGAGAGUCUUCCACUCUGGCUGACGUGAAGGUGAAGGAGAGCCGCUCGCCAGGCAAGGAGAUGCUAGAGAGGAGACCCUCAGAAGACUCCAUCAAACCCACUCAGCGUUCUCCUUCCCCAUACUCCAAGGCAGUGAUCAAUGAGCAGGGCAUGAAGAUGGCAGGUGGGCCCCCGCCUACGCUCAAGGACAGCGAUAGGAAAGAGCCCCCACCUGCAGACCUCCUCCACAAGGUGAAAAAUGACAUGAAGAUUAAAGAGGAGAGGAAAGAGGAGCAGGAGGUCAUGGUGGUGAGUUCUGAGCCUGCUCCCCAGCCACCAGCCCAAGCUCUUCCUGCUCCUGUCAGCCAACCUGGAAACCCUCACCACCACCACCCACCUUUGUCUCAGCAGCCCCCUCUUCCCUCACCGCGUGGCAGUGACAUCCCUGCACCUGGCCUGCAUGGUGUCCCCAUGGCACAUUCUCUGCCCCUUUCAAUGAGCGCCAUGCCCCAGAUGGGCAGCCUGAAUGUGCUAGACCGGGCUCGUAUGGCUCCUUUCAUGGGAGUGAGCCCUCUGGCAGGAAGAGAGCGCUUGCCCCACCCGGCCUUCCCUUGGGACCCACUUAGAGAGGCCUACCGCAGUCUGGACCUGCAGCGGCGCAUGGAUUUCCAGCUCAGGGCUGAGCAGGGACAUCGCUUCCCCAGUGUGUACGAACAGGAGCGAGCCUACCGCGAGAGGGAGGCUCAUGACUACUCGCACCAUGAGCACCUGUUGGAGGUCCGCAGGGAGCACGAGAGGAUGAGACAGCAGGCGGAGGAGCGAGAGCGCCUCCACCUUCGGGAGGAGCUGGACAGAGCACGCCUCCAUCAGCUGCACCAGUCCCCCAUGGAGGGCCAUCUACCCCACAUGCCCCCCUUUAUGCCCCACCUCGGUGGCAUGCCCUACCCCAGACUCAGCCCCUCCACAGGACACAAUGGCCCUCUGAACAGAACACCCCCUACUGCUGCACUCAGUGCACCCCCACCCCUUGUGCCAGCCGGCAGUGCCAGGCCAGCCUCACCCAGGAGGACUACCCCCCUCACCACCACACAGGACCCACGGGACUACUCCCCAUCUCGCAACCCCAAAGAGGUAGAGGCUCGGUAGCUUCUUAGAAAAGUGCACAAAGUCGUAUUAGAUGCACUCACAAGCCCCACUCCCCUAAUCUGAAAUCCUCUUGUGAACAAAAUGCACUGCUCUUCACCAGAGAGGAGCAAAACUCCCUAAGGGAAAGGGUAUGAUUGUACAAAGUAAAGGUGUGUAAGGCUGAUUAAGCACAUGCCAUGACUUUACUUUUAGUGGACUGGGUUGAAUAAUGUCGGUAAUGAGAACACAAAUAUGUGUAUGUUUAUAUCCGACUUAAAUAUUUGAUAAUUAUUAAUAUAUUAAUCCAAUACCUUUUUUCAGCUUUGUGCGAAAAGAGAGGUCCUGAAAUGAGUUUGUACAUUUCCUAUCCUUGUUCCAUGUAUAGAUAUCAUUUCUAUGAAUUUUAUGUAAUUUGUGCAUUAGUCACACCUUUUACAAUAUUUAUCCCAGUUGAUUGUGAGACAUAUCCAUUAUGACCCACUGUAAAGACUGGAUUUUGGUUUCAACCUUCAGUAAUUUAACCUCAUGGUACCAGGAUAUCCUCAAUGAUGACAAUGUACAAUGUUACAUUACCGAUUUGUUUUGCUCAUUUGUUUUGCCUUUGAGAUAUGCAGAUAAAUAUAUAUUAUGAGGUCUUUGUUCAGUCUCUGUAAAGAAAACUGAUGUAAAUAACUUGUUGAUAUUCCUUCGCUGCAAAAUUACCAUGUAAAUUUAUUAGGCUUUUUAACCAUUUCUAGAAAAACAAAAUUAAAUGAAACAUGGGGAAUCACUUCCCUGUUGAAUAUGGUGGUAACAGACAAGCCUGGCCAAUGGAUGGGAAGUGUGACUGGAGGGUGUUGUAAGGGAGCCUACAAGGAUCAUCUGCAAUCUAUGCAAAGCAGCACACAGCACCCCAAUGAAGAAAUCACCUGGAGGGAGCAGACGAUAGUGGUGAUACUGAGAGAAACUUGGAUUAACACAUGUUUAUAUUUACCAAUGAAAUAAUGAUGAAUUAUUAAAAGACUUCCAAGUCACAAACUGGACCAGCCCCAGACAGAACAGAAGGACACUUUUUAGUGGGCGGCAAAUGGACUUUCUCUGUCAACCUUGUGGUGUUGUGCAGUUGUUUUUCUUAGACUCUUGUAUACAAAACAAGUAGAGUUUUAGGCCUGCAAAAAAAAAGAAAAUGAACAUUCAUGGUUUAAAAUGUACGGAAUAAAGUUUGGACCUAAUGUCA